CCCCCCCCUCUCUCCCUUCCGCUGACCGUCAACGCCGACUGUUCGACCUGCGCUACCAAACAUUUUUCGCGCCCGAGGGACGAGUGGCAGAAGGAGGGAAAGAUCGGAAGGAAGGCGGACAACGGGCUCCAGAUACUAAGUGUGUUUUUGUGCGACAACCGAGGACCAUGUCGACCGCCGUCAUGAGUAAUACUUCCAUGUUCGAGUGCGGCGAGCAUCUCUUUAAGAAUGCAGCCUCGACUAAGACGAAGGAUCCUCCGUCAUCUUCAACGACGACGAGCACCACGAAUGGCGGCACUGCCGGCGGUAACAACGUCGGCAAUGGACACGCGCCUCUGAAACGCAGCUACACCUCCUUGAUGACCACAUUAAUCGAGCAACAUCGAAAACUGGACCGUAGCGUGAGCGAACCGACAUCGCGCUACAAGACAGAGCUCUGCCGGCCAUAUGAGGAGAGUGGCUCGUGUAAGUACGGCGAUAAAUGCCAGUUUGCGCAUGGAUAUGGCGAGUUGCGCAACCUGGCACGUCAUCCAAAGUACAAGACCGAGCUAUGCCGCACCUUCCACACGAUUGGCUUUUGCCCAUAUGGACCGCGUUGUCACUUCAUCCACAAUUUCGAGGAAGCUCGUAUCCACAAUCAGAAGGCUACUACGUCAAACCUCAUGCGAACGAAUUCAUUGAGUCUCGGUAGUACUGCUGCUACCAGCGCGAAUGGCUUCAAUCAGCCACCGUUGCUGCGAACGUCGUCGCUGAGCCUGGCCACGAAUCAUCAUCACGCGGUACAUCUUCGUCCGGUGAACGCCGUGAAUACGGUAAUGACAAAACCGAAACCGCUCAAUCUUAGCCCGACGUUCUCGCUCGGCAGCUCCGCUGAUUCAGUCUCGCCGUCGUCUAGCCUCAGUCAGUCGCCGACGAACUCCAUGGCGAGCUUCUUCAGUGAUGACUGCAGCCAGCAGACGCUUUCAUGCGGGAAUAUGCAGACGACACCGUUCAGUUAUAGUCAAGACUUCAGUUUGCUCGCCUGCUCAAGACAAAGCCCGAGCCCGCGCAAUAAUGGUGUAUGCAGUCCCCUCGCGUCCGAUGAGGUAACACCCAGAACUCCCUCCCCGUUGUCACCUAACACGGAAUCCAGGUUGCCGGUCUUUAAUAGGAUCAGCAGCACCCUUGGCGACUUCGAUAACCUCAAGAUCUAGAGCGGUCGCCGCGCGAACCGUAAAGAAGAGAGACGCGAAUUCUCAACGAGUCUCGCGCUCGGAAUAAAAAAGAAGAAGUUUUCACGUGAAUUGACUCGAGAUUUGGGCGGUAGCUUCUCUACUAUGGAUUCUGUCCAUGAUGGAAUUAACGUCUUUUUUCUUUUUUACGCAGAUACAAGUUUGCGUGAUGCGGUUUUCCCUUAUCCGUCAUCGGUCGUAUUCCUGAGAAGCAUUUUAGGCACACGUCAGGUUUCAUUACCCUUUAACUAGCAUCUUUUCCUCUUCUUUUUUAUAUAUUAUUA